CACGACUCGUCGACCAAUCGCGAGUGACAUACUCUCGUUCCUGCGUGCUAGAAGUGACUGCAGGUAGGGCAGUGAACCAAACGCCAUGUUUCCGUGGUUCUCAGCUGCGUGGACCGUGCUCCUGGUGUUCAGCAGCUGUUUGUUCUGUUAUAUCCGCUUCAGAAGACGCCAGCAGGCUCCGGGGCCCUGGGGAUUGCCGGUCAUCGGCGCUUCGCACAUCGUGGCUAGGUAUGAAAACCCCUGGGAAGCAUUCUCUGCGCUGAGCAGGCUGUACGGCAGUGUGUUCCAGCUAUGCCUCGGCUCCCGCACAUGUCUGGUGGUGAGCUCCCCGGACGCCUUACGACAAGUACUCCUGGGCAAGGCUGCCAACGAUUUCGUCGAUCGUCCAGACUUCCUUCGCUAUCAUGCCAUCUUCAGAGGGGACCGCAAUUUAUCGAUGGCUCUCUGCGACUGGUCCUCAAAGCACCGACGUCGUCGCGAGUUGACUCACAGUUGGCUGCACCCUCGAGCAGGAUCGGAUUCUCGCGCCCGACUGAGCCGCUGUGUGCACCAGGAAUUGAGCGCUCUCCUGGAGCACCUCGACGCGACUCAGGGCCAAGCUGUGGACGUCCGAGCCGCCCUGAGGCUGUCCGCGGCAAAUGUCUUCUUCGAUUUCAUCUGUUCCAGGAGGUUUUCUCGGGACGACAAAGCCUUCAUGGAAGUCGUACGUCUCUACGAUGUGGUCUUCCAGGAGCUCUUCCAGGGCUUUGCCUUGGACUUCAUGCCGUGGCUCAAGCUUGUGCAUAGUAAGAAGCUCAAUCAUCUUCGCGAGCAAGCGACACACAUAUCGCAGCUCACCACCAAAAUAGUGGAGGACCGAGAGCAGGAAGGCUGCAAGAAAGAUGGAGACCUGGUAGAUCUGUUGCUGCUGUCCAUGCAAGACGGGGAGCCAGAUAGCUUGGACAAACUGGAAAUCGAAGUCGUGCUGGAUGACCUCCUCGGUGGACACUCGGUCGUAGCCAACCUUUGGUUGUGGGCAAUCUAUAUCUUGGCGAGCUACGGGGAGGAAGCACAGAAGAACCUUGCAGAGGAAGCACGGCGUUCGUUCUCCAACGGUAGCGCUGAUGAAGACCAGCAGCUUCAUUACGCGGAAGCAACGCUCUACGAGAUUCUGCGUAUGGUCAACUCGCCAAUUAUCCCACAUGUGUGCUCGAAAGACACCACCUUGCAAGGGUAUCGGAUAUCAAAGGGAACUAUGGUGAUGUUCAACACGCACGAUCUCAACUUCUCAACAGAUCUGUGGGAAGAUCCCUGGAGCUUCCGACCAGAAAGGUUUUUGAACAACAGCACAGUGAGCAAACCUGCUCACUUUGUGCCAUUCGGCACGGGCCGUCGGGCCUGUCUCGGAGACGGCUUAGUACGAGCUAUCCUAGUGCCGGGAAUGGCUGCACUUUGCCAGCGUUUCCGAAUAGGUCUUGGUCCGGGUCAGGCUCCGGCAGAUCUCAAACGGCAACGUACCCGGGUCAUCUUUGAUCGAGACCCUCAGCUGACUUUCCUUCCGCGCGUGUUUUAGGCUUCGUAUCAUAACUUAAUUUCGCGAUCUCAACGUAUACCAUAGCUCAGUCAGCACGUGUCUCUAGCAACCUUUAUCUGUUUUCCCUACUGAGAUCCAAAGAACUUUUUGCUUGCUUGAGCUUUGUUUUCUCGUUGUCCGUAUUACAUGUCUGCGUACAGUGUUCUAAGUGCAGAGUGUGAUGUGGGUUGUACAAAGGUGUAUGCGAAGCAAGACUCCUGUAUAUAUGAACUUUGACCCGUCGGUAUAACCAAUCAUUCGGCGUUUACUUCUGGAACUGUUCCUUUGUCGUUGCGUUAUGUUGGAUCUCCAGUUGGUUCAAAAUUUCUAGAUAGAUAAUGAUACAGGCUUGUAAUACCUACUGCGCUAUAUGAUACGUACGCAGUGCGUACAUCUCGGCAUAUGUUAAUUGACUUGCGCGAAGCGUGGAACAUUUAGGCUGUCUAUGCCUUGAGGGUAGCUUGCCAGUGUUUGUCCCACAUGGUUUGAUGUGCACCGAGCUACAGUGCACGGGUGGUGGUCGAGGCCCGGGUUACGGCUUCUCCGGGGGGUCGGCAAACGGUACCCAAUGGGAAGCGCGACAUACCGCUCGGCUUGACCCACCACGAGAACACCGCGCGGAUCGGCGGCAUGCCCUUGCCCCGGUCGUAGGUGUCUCGGCCACUACCUCUGGUACUACGGAUCUUUUCAACAAGUUUUCGUAGGAUGAGUUCCCGUCUUGAAGUACUUCCUGGUGAGGGAUACCUGCGACCUGUGCAGGGGCGUGCGGCUGAACGCGUCGUGCCGUGACGAGCCUGCGGAGGUCGCGAUGUCCCAGGACCGAGGCCCGGUGCCCCGGAGUCGCCGUUUCCCGGGUCCCUCACCAGGUGCCUGGGAACGUUGUGUACAUGUGCUUAACGUCUGUUUUUAGGAACUCUUGUACAGCUAGCUGUUUUUAAAUAAAUGGUGUAUGCAUCAUUUUUACAUGAAGA